AUGAUGCUCUUGGUCUUACUUGGUCUGCUCCCUUACCUUGCCAGUGCGGUAGUACUCGACAAAAAAGCAGAAGCGUAUGUCGGAUCUACCACAUCUGAUAUAUUCCCUCCCACAGGUACCAAAGUCAACAGCGAUCUUUUCCCUGGUGAGACCGGCGUAGGUUACCCGGGAGUGACCGUAACAGGCGUAGAGCCAGCUGCCGUCCAAACGGCCGCUUCUUAUGCCUACAACACCGGAUCAUUAUCAUCUUAUCCUUUAGUCGUCGAUCAACCAGAAGAUGGCGAUCAGAAUAUCGACAUAUCAAAGUAUUGGGGUAAUCUCUCACCAUGGUAUUCAGUCCCAUCUUCGUUUUACGGUCUUAACGAUACCACCCCUUUGGCUCCUGAGGGAUGCUCAGUCACCCAGGUCCAUCUGUUGUACAGACAUGGUGCGCGAUACCCAACGAGUGGUUCAGCACCAUAUCAAUUCAGCGGGAAGAUGGCAAAUGCCACUAAACAACAAGGUGGAUUCAACGCUUGGGGAGAAUUAGAAUUUUUGAAUGAUUGGACAUUCAAGUUGGGUGCAGAGCUUUUGACUGUUAGUGGUAGAUUGCAGAAUUUCGCUUUGGGUGCUGCAUUCAGACAACAAUAUGGAUAUCUCCUCAACAACUUCACGGAACAAGGGACUUUACCUGUUUUCAGAACGGAAUCGCAGGAUAGGAUGGUAAAGACCGCUGAGAACUUUGCGGCGGGCAUGUUCGGUGUCCCAGAGUAUAUGGAUCAGGUCAAUAUUGAAAUCAUGGUUGAAACGUCGGGUGUCAAUAAUACUGGAGCGCCAUAUGAGACCUGCACCAACUCGAACGUGGCGUCUCGAGGAAGCAUAGGAUCAACAGCUGCUAGCGCCUUUGCGAAGAAUGCCUUUAAUGGAACGAUCGAUAGGCUUCAAGGUCAAAUAACAGGAGUCAAUUUCACUUCGACCGAUAUUAUCGCUAUGCUCCAAUUGUGCUCUUACGAGACGGACGCUUUAGGUUACUCAGCUUUCUGUAAAUUGUUCACGAAAGAGGACUUUGAGAAUUACGAGUACUACUACGAUAUCUCAUUCUACUACAACAACGGCGCGGGAUCACCCGUAGCUGCAGCCCAGGGUAAAGGCUUCUUAUCAGAAUUUGUGGCUCGAUUCACUCAGACCCCCAAUCCCGCAGCGGACAACUCAAUCAACUCGACUUUGGACAAUAACCCCACCUACUUCCCAUUGAACCAGUCGAUCUACGCUGAUGCAACUCACGAAGUCAUUCUGCUCGAUACAUUCACCGCUCUGAACCUUUCAGCGUUAUUCAGUUCAGGCCCCUUACCUACCGACAAGAGGACUCAAAGCUCUUUCAAAGCUUCUCAGGUUGUUCCAUUCGCUACUCACUUGGUUAUUCAGGUAUUGGAAUGUCAAAAUACCUCUCCUUCCAAGCAAAUCAGAUUCAUCUUGAACGAUGCUGUUCUUCCCAUCGAUCAAUCGUACCAAGGUUGCGAGUGGAACAAAGAUGGAUUAUGCUCAUUCGACAACGUGGUGAAAGCUUUGCAGCAGAGAGUUGAAGAGAUCGAUUGGGAAUACGAUUGUCAUGGGAAUUAUACGGCCGUUCCAGGACAGGACUAUAAUGGCCGAGCUCCAAGAGACUAA